AUGAGCUGCAGUGGACUCGACAUAGCUGUCACCCCUUCUCUCGCUGAGAGAAAACGCGAAUCCACUGUCUCCAAUCCUGUGGCGACUCGGCAAUACAAUCGACGUCAUCAGCAAAAUAUCUUCCGGCACCUUAUACUAGUCGGCAUACGCCGCGAGGUUGAUAUCAGGUGGGCUUCUGGCGAGGACCAAGGGGCAGCAGGCGAGGACCAGUACAUCAAUGAAGGAAGGAAAACGCGCAUAUACGCACCUUCGAUGGGUCGAACCAUAUUUGUUAACCCAGGCAUCAAGCUUGAGUGGUUACAGGAGUGGCUAACGUUUAGGUUUCUUCACCCAUUCUAUUUCUCCCCAGCCCGUCUAAUGAUUUGGCCGCAUGAACAACCUCCAAGUAAAUGUGCGGCGCUCAUCUUUUCUGCUACUAAUAGCGCUAUCCCUCCAACUCCUACCAUCAUUGUCUCUGAACCAGCGGAACGCUUCCGCAAGGAGCUCGAACUCGACAGGAAGGAUGCUGAAUGCGAGCUUUCUCGUUACGAAGAUGCAGGUAUACUACUUAAAACAGCUGAACGUACAGCAGAUAUCGUUCGUUUCUGGGAGGUUGACAGUACGCGCGUGAUUUGA